GUGGUGUGUGUGCUGCGUGCAAAACAACGAAAACACACUGUACCCUGCUAUAUUAGCCACCAAGGAGCUUCCUAACGUUAGCUAGCAAAUAAAACUAUUAAUUUUGAGAGUUGGGAAGUGACAGUUCGUGCAGAGAAUUGAUGAAAGCAUCCUCUGUGCAAAGACCGCAACGUUUGGAAUAUUUGGUUUCAGUCCGUCUUUGAAUUAAAACGAGGUGUUUCUGAAGAGAUACCUUCUUGUUUGGGGUCCGGAGAAGUAGAAGCACCUACUCCAGCAGAUCCAAAAAAUGUUAAAGAAAUGAUAGCAGCGCAGGAUUUGCACACAGAGUUUCAGUUUCCCCAAGAGGCAGAAUCUCAGUUGUCUUCAGAUACUGAUCUUGAGGAUCCUGAUGGCAAAAAUGCUAGGACAGCAAAGGGCAUGGCAGCCAAGAAAGGGAAGAAGGCGCUUGGAGAGAGGACCAAAGGUGGGGGAGCAGGGAGGGUUGCUGGUGCUGGCUGGGUGAAUGGUCACCAUCAGGAGAAUGGGAUGGAGAAUAUGACCCUAUUUGAGGUGGUUAAAAUGGGAAAGAGUGCCACACAGUCUGUUGUUGAUGACUGGAUCGAGGCAUACAAACACGACAGGGACAUUGCUCUCUUGGACUUAAUCAACUUCUUCAUUCAGUGCUCUGGCUGUAAAGGUGCUGUGAGUGGAGAGAUGUUCAGAAAUAUGCAGAACUCCGAAAUCAUCCGAAAAAUGACAGAGGAGUUUGAUGAGGACAGCGGUGACUAUCCAUUAACUCUCUCAGGACCACAGUGGAAGAAGUUCCGGAUAAGCUUCUGUGACUUCAUUGCAGUUCUGGUGCGACAGUGUCAGUACAGCAUCAUUUAUGAUGAGUAUAUGAUGGACACGGUCAUCUCACUACUCACCGGCCUGUCUGACUCACAGGUCAGGGCAUUUAGACAUACAAGCACACUAGCAGCUAUGAAGUUGAUGACAGCCUUGGUGAACGUCGCUCUGAACCUGAGCAUCAAUAUGGAUAACACACAGAGACAGUAUGAGGCGGAGAGGAACAAGGUCAUUGCAAAAAGGGCCAAUGAUAGGUUGGAGCUCCUGUUACAGAAACGUAAAGAGCUUCAAGAAAAUCAAGAUGAAAUCGAAAACAUGAUGAACGCAAUUUUCAAAGGAGUGUUUGUUCACAGAUAUCGGGAUGCAAUUGCUGAAAUCCGAGCUAUUUGUAUUGAGGAGAUUGGCAUGUGGAUGAAGUUGUACAGUGACGCCUUCCUCAAUGACAGUUACUUGAAGUACGUUGGCUGGACAAUGCAUGACAAGCAAGGGGAAGUACGGCUAAAGUGCCUGACUGCCCUGCAAGGCCUGUACUACAGCAGAGAACUCAGUCCUCGACUCGAGCUCUUCACAAGUCGCUUCAAGGAUCGCAUUGUUUCUAUGACUCUGGAUAAGGAAUAUGAUGUUGCAGUGCAAGCCAUUAAACUUCUUACACUUGUCUUACAGAGCAGUGAUGAGGUUCUGACAGCAGAGGACUGUGAGAGUGUAUAUCAUCUGGUUUACUCAGCACACCGACCCAUCGCUGUUUCAGCAGGAGAGUUUCUGUUUAAGAAGCUCUUCAGCCAUCGAGGGCCUGAUGAGGAUGGAUUACCCAGGAGGGGCAGGCAGAGCCUCAAUGGCAGCCUUAUCAAGACUACCGUCUUCUUCUUCUUGGAGAGUGAGUUGCAUGAACAUGGAGCCUACAUGGUAGACAGCCUGUGGGAGUGCGCAUCAGAGCUGCUAAAAGAUUGGGAGACUAUGAUCAGCUUGCUGCUGGACGAACCCAUGCCAGGAGAAGAGGCUCUGACUGAUCGGCAGGAGACAGCAUUGGUUGAGAUCAUGCUCUGUGCCAUUCGGCAGGCGUGUGAAUGCCACCCUCCAGUAGGCAGAGGCACAGGGAAGAGGGUCCUGACUGCAAAGGAGAAGAAAACACAGCUGGAUGAUCGAACACGGGUCACAGAGAUGUUUGCAGUUGCAUUGCCUCUGUUACUGGCAAAGUACUGUGUUGAUAUUGAUAAGGUGACCAACUUACUGCAAAUACCAAAGUACUUUGAUCUUGACAUCUACACAACUGGCCGUUUAGAAAAGCAUUUGGAUGCCUUGUUGCGACAAAUCUGGGAGGUUGUGGAUAAGCACACAGACACUGAGGUCCUAGAGGCCUGCUCAACCACCUACCACUAUCUCUGCAAUGAGGAGUUCACCAUCUUCAACCGUGUGGACAUCGCCCGCUCCCAGCUUCUCGAUGAGCUUGUAGACAAGUUCAAUAGACUCCUGGAGGACUUCCUUCAAGAGGGUGAAGAACCAGAUGAGGAUGAUGCCUACCAAGUUCUGUCUACACUGAAGAAGAUCAGCGCUUUCCACAAUGCACAUGAUCUCUCUAAAUGGGAUCUCUUCACCAGCAACUACAGGCUACUGAACACAGGUCUGCAGAACGGGGAUAUGCCUGAACAGAUUGUGAUUCAUGCAAUGCAGUGCACACAUUACAUCAUCCUGUGGCAUCUAGCGAAGGUCUCCGAUGGGAGUUCAAUAAAGGGCGAUAUGGUGACCCUGAGAAAGCAAAUGAGAGCUUUUUGCUUAAUGUGUCAGCGUUACAUAAACAGCAUCAACACCGCAGUCAAAGAGCAGGCCUUCACCAUACUUUGUGAUCUGCUGCUCAUCUUCAGUCACCAAAUUAUGUCUUCAGGCCGGGAACAUCUGGAGUCUCUGGUCUACAUGCCAGACUCUUCUUUGCAGGCAGAACUGCUCAACUUCAUCUUGGAUCAAGUUUUCAUUGAUCAGGAUGAUGACAGCAACAGCACAGAUGGACAGCAAGAUGAUGAAGCCAGUAAAAUUGAGGCUUUGCACAAGCGAAGAAACCUUCUCGCUGCCUAUUGCAAGUUAAUCAUUUACAAUGUUGUGGAAAUGAACACUGGAGCAGACAUAUUUAAACAGUACAUGAGGUACUACAACGAUUAUGGUGACAUCAUCAAGGAGACCAUGAGCAAAACAAGACAAAUCGACAAAAUACAGUGUGCAAAGACGCUCAUAUUGAGUCUGCAAAAUUUAUUCAACGAGAUGUUGUCUGAACUUGGCUUCAAUUUUGAUCGCUCAUCGUCAGCCUUCUGUGGCAUAAAAGAGCUGGCCCGACGCUUCUCACUGACUUUUGGCUUGGAUCAGUUGAAGACCAGGGAGGCUAUUGCCAUGUUACAUAAGGAUGGGAUUGAGUUUGCUUUUAAAGAGCCUAGUCCUCAAGGAGAAGGAAGUCCACCCCUGAACUUAGCAUUCUUGGAUAUUCUGAGUGAGUUCUCAAGCAAACUCAUUCGACAGGACAAGAGGACAGUGCACAUGUACUUGGAGCGAUUCAUGACAUUUCAGAUGGCCCUGCAGAGGGAGGACUGCUGGCUGCCCCUCAUCUCAUACAGGAAUUCACUGCAGGCCGGAGGGGAUGAUGACACCAUGUCUGUAAUCAGUGGGAUCAGCAGUCGAGGGUCCACCAUCAGAAGUAAGAAGUCCAAGCCAGCCACGGCUAGCAAAAGAAAACUGUCUGAAGAAGAGAACAGCUGCAGCAGUAGCGAUGCAGUUUGGAUGAACCGUGAGCAGAAUGUACAGACGCCAGUGAUGAUGCAUUCUCCUCACCUCACUUCAACUGUGCUGAGGGAUCCAAAGAAGAUGAGGCCAGAGGACAGCUACACAUUCACCAUGCCAGCAGAGCAGCAUCCCAUUCAGGCUUUGCCUUCUCAGCAGCAGCCCCACCAUCAACACCAGGCUGCCAUUGAUUACAACACCCAGGUUACUUGGAUGUUGACACAGAGGCAACAAGCUGAGGCCCGUCAGCAGCAGGAGCGGGUUAGCAUGCACUAUGCCAAGAUGAGGAACCACAUGCAGCAGGCAAUUCGUCGCAGCUCUGGACUCAUGGAGGAUGACGAGGAGCCAAUAGUGGAGGAUGUGAUGAUGUCAUCAGAGGACCGCUUGGAGGACAUCAAUGAGGGCAUGGAUUUUGACACAAUGGACAUUGAUUUGCCGGCAUCAAAGAAUCGCAGAGAAAGAACCGAACUAAAGCCGGACUACUUUGAUCCAUCUUCCAUCAUGGAUGAUUCGGUUCUCAAUGUUUCUAUGUUUUAACGUGAAUCGGAUAGAGGACAGUUUGACAUCAUAAUCCUUGGAAGAUGAAAUGACUGGUCUCUGUGAAAAUCAGAAUGGAGUGAAAUGGACUACUACAAAUGGCUUGUGAGACACCAAUGUUUGCCUCUCUAACACUUUGUCUAAACUUAGAGGGAGAGCUUGAGCUUGAAUUUGAAUUUUCAUGUGCUGUUUUCACACACUGGACUUUUGUCACGCCACAGGUUGUCCAGUUGUCCUAAAAACAACUUGGCUUAAGCUUUCACUGAGCAGGACCUUCUUGAAGUCAGCGUGUGAAGCUGUUUGAGUUUAUAAAAGUGCCAGUACAGAUAUUGUGUGGCAGUUGCAUGGCGAUGGGACAAUAACAGGCCAAAAUUCAAAUAAAUAAUAUAUACCUUUAAACUUUUUCAUUCAGUCGACACAAAAUGUCUAAUGUAAAUACAUAGUGGCCAAUAUACAGGAGGGGUGAACACAAUUUCAUGAACAUCAGAAGAAAGAAUUGUAAUAGCCUUACAACAUAUUACUACUUUGAUGAUGCUUGUAGUAUUCAGUUGUUGUUGAACACUACAAUGACACUGCACUUUGUCACAGAGGUGUUUUUCAACUCAAUGGUAAUUUUACAGCCAUACUUUUAGAAAUUAUCAUAGGCUAAAAUCAACACCUCUCUGAUGCAAUCUAAACACAAACUGAACAUUAUAUGGUCUCAUAAAGGCAGAAUUUUUAUGCAGUGUUGGCUACUGCGUUAAAUUGUAAAGGUGUCGGUGAGAUUGCGUUCACCUGCUGUACUUUUAAACUGUAGAUUUUGGCAUGGCAUGUAGCCAUAUAUCAAAACAUGUACACAGUAAAGUAUAAUGUGAACCGGCGUGUCAUACUGUUUAAAGGCCUUGCCACAAAUGAUAUACAGCAUUCUCAGAUUUCUUUGUGAUGGUAUUUUUUAGAAAUAUGUGUUCUGCUUUUAUACCUUAUAGAUAACUUUGAUUUAUAGAUAUUUUGUAAUGACAAUCAAAUGUAAAUUAAUGGUUUCUAAUCAUGUUAUUUCACAUAGAUACUUAAAUAAUCCUUUUUAAUGGAAAUUAUUAUGUUACUGUAGAUAUGGCCAGCUGUUUGUAUUUUCCUUUCAUCUCUAUAAUGAAUGGGUGCAAAAGUAAUGCAUUGCUAAAAUGUAGUAAUUUGGCAAAUUGAUGGCUGCAUCUAAAAUUAUUUUUUAAUAAUGGAAGCAUCAUAGUGUCAUAAAAUUUUGACUCAACCUUAAACAUGUAAUCUCUUCUAUAUCUAGACAUUUGUCCCACUGUAUAGUAUCUAAUAAUAUCUAAUAACAGAUAUGCUAUGAUUGCAGUCUUUAAAAGAAAGGAGUUGAAAAAUGGUAAGAAAGAUGUGUAUUGUUUGUUUUUUCCAGGUUGCAGGUGUGCAAGUUUGUUGUUUUUCAAAAAGCCAAAUUGUUUGGUUUACCACUGUUGCGUGUGUAAGAGUUAUAGAAUUAUUCCAAAUUACAAAGAUUCAGAAUCCCUAGUCAGCUAUGAUAGUAUCAGAGCUGUAUAUUAUACAGUUACAAAUGUGUAAUAUAUUGUGAAUCGGUGCUUAUAUUAUAUUUGCAGUUUCUUUCUGUGUGAAAUUUUAGGGACUGGUUAAGGAAAAAGAAUGUAAGUCUUUGACAUUAGCCUACCAGUUCGCAUGUAUGGAUACAGUACUUCGUUUUGUUUGUUUUUCAAUGAGUUGUUGCGAUAUUUCUUUUCCUCUGUGUAUUGGCCUGGUUGGCAAAUUGUGACUUUAUGAAAGACAGUGUAUUCAUAUUGUAGCUAGAAACAAAUCCCUAAUUUUCUCAGAAUGUCACUAUUAACUGGAGAAACGGAUAAUUUGAUUUCAACCAUUACUACAUACUAACCAUUCACGUCAGGCAAAUGAGAAAAAUAUAUCUUACAGUUGCCUGUAAAUUUACAUUGAUCAUUUCAUUUUUUUCUGUUUUGCAUCGAACUGCUGAAAAUGUGCAUACAUCUGUAUGUUUAUACAUAUUUAAAUAUUUGCGUAUAUUAAAUUUGUGUUUUUAUUCUAUUUACAAAGUGCCCAUUGCAUCCUUUAAUAUUUGUAUUUAUGUCUGGAGAUGUAACAUGAACAGAAUAAACCCUCUACAACUGUG